AUGGCUCUCCUAAUUCCGAAAGCUGACAUGAGCAAACCCGGCUUUGGAGAUCUUUCAGGAGAGAUUCGAAACCGCAUCUACGACGUCCUGAUCGGCCAAAACCUGACCUGCCGGGGUCUUUCGCAUAUCCCCAAACACCUUUGCACGUCCAACUCACUGUCCUUCGUCCCGGGGCAGUACUUUAUGAGCAUUUUCCAGCUGUCAAGUUUGACUCGACAAGAAGCGCGCCCGAUGUUUAUGAGUCGAACAAUUCUCAAAGUCGAAUGCGGAGAUGCUGCAGAGCUAGUGGCCACGUUCUUUCCCUCCGAAGACCCGGCCGUGCGUGCGAAUUACGUGGGCAACCUCUUCAUCUCGAUUUUGAAAGAGAAGACGAGCGAUUCGGGCGAUAUUUUGCCCCUCGUAAGGCUUCUCCUGCAAGCACCCAAUGUGUCUUACCAGUUAAGUCGAGGGCGGUUUGAGUCUGGUGCAAACCCCGUACCUAUUGAGCACAUGCAGGAACUGGAGAACGUCCUCUUCCGAUCCCAAAGCCAAUUCUGGCGCAACUGUAUUGUCGACGGCAUAAUCGCGAAAUUGGAGGUUUAUGGUAGACUUCGAAAGGUGAAGGAAAGGAUCGUGCCAAAGAACAUCUCGAUUACCGUCCGCGGAGCCGAUACGAAACCUUGGAUGGACUCAGCAUAUUGGACCGGGGAUAACAAGGAAGCAAUGGCAGCGCAGUUCGAGGAGUUCUUGGAGGCUGCCGGGCUCUUGGACGUGGACCACUGGGACUUAGGCAGCUAUUGUAUUCAUGUGGAAGUCAGAAAGAGUGCGACGGAAUGGUGGAUGGGGGAACACCACAGCGCGGAGGCACAACCGGCGAAGAGGGAGUGGAUUAAGAAGGCGAGGAUUCCCGGAGAGUGGGGCAACAUUACCGUAAACGGCCCGUAA